AUAUAUAGGAGAGUUUUCAAUUCGACAAAAUCACGGAGUAUAUUUUGUUACGUAUUAUUGUUACUAGUGCUGUAGUUUACAAAUUUAAUUACUAAUACUUUAUAGGGACCCCAACCUACCCAAAAGCAAACCACGGAAGUAAUACAUAUAUACAAGAUGCGCCCACCGGUUAUUCUCGAACCUUCCACCACCUAUUCUUCUAACUCCUCUUCUUAUUCUCCAAGCAGCGAUCGAAGGCUAAACACUAUUGCAAAACACUUUGUUAAUCACGUCCAAAUGGAUUCUCACAACAUUUCUCCUUCUCCAACUGCUUCUUCCGAUUCCGUCUUCGCUCAAAUCGUUCGUGCUCCCGAAGAUGCUAUCCUCGGGGUAACUGUCGCUUACAACAAAGACACUAGUCCAAUUAAGCUCAAUUUGGGUGUUGGUGCUUACCGAACUGAGGAAGGUAAACCCCUUGUGUUGGAUGUAGUGAGGCGAGUUGAACACCAACUAUUCACCGACGGGUCACGCAACAAGGAAUAUAUUCCAAUUGUUGGGCUAGCUGAUUUUAACAAAUUGAGUGCUAAGCUUAUUUUUGGUGCUGACAGCCCUGCUAUACAAGAGAACAGGGUUACCACUGUUCAAGGCUUAUCUGGUACUGGUUCAUUAAGAGUUGGGGGUGAAUUUUUGGCUAAACACUAUCACGAACGGGUUAUAUAUUUGCCACAGCCUACUUGGGGCAAUCAUAUAAAGGUUUUUACCUUGGCUGGUUUAACUGUCAAAACAUAUCGAUACUAUGCUCCAGCAACACGAGGGCUUGAUUUUCAAGGACUUCUAGAGGAUCUUGGUGCUGCUCCAUCAGGAUCUGUUGUUUUGCUACAUGCAUGCGCACACAACCCUACUGGUGUUGAUCCAACACUUGAACAAUGGGAGCAGAUUAGGCAGAUGAUAAGAUCGAAAUCUCUGUUACCUUUCUUUGACAGUGCUUAUCAGGGUUUUGCCAGUGGAAGUCUAGAUGCAGAUGCACAGCCUAUUCGUUUGUUUGUUGCUGAUGGUGGUGAGUUGCUGGCAGCCCAGAGUUAUGCAAAGAACAUGGGUCUUUAUGGUGAACGUGUCGGUGCCUUGAGCAUUGUAUGCAAGUCAGCCGAUGUUGCAAGCAGGGUUGAGAGCCAGCUGAAACUUGUGAUUAGGCCCAUGUACUCAAGUCCUCCCAUUCAUGGUGCAUCCAUUGUGGCUGCCAUUCUCAAGGACCGGGAUUUGUACAAUGAAUGGACUAUUGAGUUGAAGGCAAUGGCUGAUCGCAUCAUCAAUAUGCGCCAACAACUUUUUGAUGCUUUAAGGGCUAGAGGCACACCAGGUGAUUGGAGUCACAUUAUCAAGCAGAUUGGAAUGUUUACUUUCACAGGAUUGAAUCCUGAGCAAGUUUCCUUCAUGACUAAAGAGUACCAUAUAUACAUGACAUCUGAUGGGAGGAUUAGCAUGGCUGGCUUGAGUUCCAGAACAGUCUCACACCUUGCGGAUGCAAUACAUGCAGCUGUAACCCAAGUUGCCUAAAUUUUACUGACCGCAGUUUUCAGCUCAACUCGUCCUUGAUGGUUGGAUUUCAUACUUUUGUGUAAUAAUUAAAAUCUCAUCAACAAUAAAAUUUUAUUUAUAUAUAAAAAUUAUAUUUUAAAAAACAAUGAAGCCUUGGAUUUGAUGGGUGAAUUACAAACAACUUUUCUGCCCACGGGGAUCCUGAUGCUUUACUUAAGAGAUUUUCCUUUGUUAACUUGUGGCAGGUAUGUAGGAAAUCGUUUUUAUGUUC